CUGUGUCCUUCAUUUGGCUUCCGCGCUUAUAGUCACUCCUUUGGAAUCAUUCUCUUCUACUAUCCAUUCACCACCCUCUCAUUCUUCAGUGCUCCAGUGCUCACCUCUCUAUACAACAUGAAGUCCCUUCUGCUUGGCGCGUUCGUUGGUUCAGCUACCAGCACUUUUGUUGUGCAAUGUACCAGUCGACUUUUCGAUCAACGUGCCGACCCAGUCAUUAACCCUGGCACUGCCUCUACUCAUGUCCAUACUAUCAGCGGUGGUAAUGGCUUCAACUUCUCUAUGACCUACGAGGAUGCCCGGUCUUCUGACUGUACAACUUGCAACAUCAAGCAAGAUCUGUCCAACUACUGGUCACCCAAGCUAUACUACAAGGCCCAGGAUGGCAGCUUCCUGGACGUACCUAUCAUCGGCGACACAGAUGGAGGUAACCUGGGCGGCAUGGCCAUUUACUACUUGACUCGUAGCGGACCUGACAAUGACAAACUCCGCGCCUUUCCCCCGGGUUUUCGCAUGGUUGCUGGAGACUCAUCGAAGCGGAGCGAAACAGACGAUUUCGCCGGCCGCGCUGUCACCCACAAAUGCGUUGGAGGCUCCAAUGGUCCUGACCCCAAACACCUGCCCAACGAAAAGUGUGAUCAGAUCAGAGUUCAAGUGACAUUUCCUUCAUGCUGGGACGGCGUCAACGAGGAUUCGGAUGACCACAAAAGCCAUGUUUCCUAUCCAAAGGACGGAAACUACGAUGGCGGUAGAUGUCCCUCUUCGCACCCAGUCCACCUAGCUACUCUUUUCUACGAGGUAUACUACGACACCGCCAGCUUCAAAGACAAAUGGUACGGAGACAAGCAGCCGUUUGUCUUCGCGAACGGAGACGGCACUGGUUUUGGUUACCACGGCGAUUUUGUCAACGGUUGGAAAGAAGAUGAGCUGCAGACAGCCCUCGAUAAAUGCGUAGAUGGAGUCGAUAAGUGUGCUGAACAAGUCUUCGGCACCUUCAACACACAAGGUGAAACGCAAGCAUGCAAACUGCCAUCCAUGAUCGACGAGUCUGUCGCUGGCCCUCUCAAGCAACUCCCCGGCUGUAACACUGUCACAUAUGGACCCGAAGCCGCGACCUCCCAGAAAGACUGCGCCGCACCCAAGCUCCUCACCCAGGCCACGCCCAAAAUGGCCGGCUUCGUCGAUCUGACGAGCAAUAAGGGAUUCAAAUACCUAGGAUGUGGCAAAGACAAUGCGCUGACCCGGACACUUAACGAGGAACUGCUCACCGGCACCGACAUGACGGUCGACAAGUGCAUUGACUUCUGCAAAGGCAAGAACAAGAGCUACGCCGGAUUGGAGUUUGGCAGCCAGUGCUACUGCGCCAACUCGCUGCCUGAGGAUCGAGCACCCGGCCAGGGUGCGAGCAACUGCCUGAUGAAGUGUGGCGGUGAUGCGAACCAGGUUUGCGGAGGUGCUGAUGCUAUCAGCUUGUACCAGGCAUGCUCUGGAGGCGCGUGCACGAAUUCCGUCAAGAGGCAAAGUCGAAGGCUUGCAGGUAUCGAAAUGGCUAUCGCGAACGCUGCCUCGUGA